ACCUCCAGGGAGGGUGGCUCAACCCCUUCCCUGGGCAGCCUGUUCCAAUGCUUGACAACCCUUUUGGUGACAAUGCAGUUGUCACAGAAUGCAUAAUUAGGCUAACACUAUUUCAUAUUGUGGAGGUCAACAGCACUGAGAUGAAGGAAAAACUAGAGAUUUGUAUAGGUAAAAAUACAGAUUUAUAACGCUAAGAAAAAGCAUGGAAAGGGAUACAGGAUUUCAAUCUUGAGUUUAGCCUCGUUUUUAAUUUUUAAAACUUAGGUUAAGAUUUUCAUUUUGUUUAUCCUGUAUGUGCCUUCUGCAGGAUGUAUUGCAUCUUUCUCCAAAGCAUCUAGUGCUAACCACUUCUGGAAACGGGAGAUGGGACUAGCUGGGCUAUGCUGUCAUUUGUUGGCUGUCAUCACGGCUCUCACUUCUAUCAUCUGAUGGUUCUUUGGGAGCCUGUGCAAAAUCUUCAGUCUUGAUCUUGGAGGUAUAUCUGCUAUUGUCCUGAAUGGCUAUGAUGCAGUAAAAGAAUGCCUUGUUCAUCAAAGUGAAAUUUUUGCUGACAGACCGUCUCUUCCCUUGUUUAAGAAGCUGACAAACAUGGGAGGCUUACUGAACAGUAAAUAUGGCAGAGGAUGGACAGAACACCGCAAAUUAGCUGUAAAUACCUUUCGAAUUUUUGGAUAUGGUCAAAGGUCCUUUGAACACAAAAUUUCAGAAGAAUCUAUAUUUUUUCUUGAUGCCAUUGAUACAUACAAAGGCAGACCAUUUGAUCUUAAGCACUUGAUAACAAAUGCUGUUUCAAACAUUACUAAUUUGAUUAUUUUUGGAGAACGUUUUACAUAUGAAGAUACUGAAUUUCAGCACAUGAUUGAGAUUUUUAGUGAAAAUAUUGAAUUAGCUGCUAGUGCUUCUGUAUUUUUAUAUAACGCUUUUCCUUGGAUUGGUAUCUUGCCAUUUGGGAAACACCAGCAGCUGUUUAAAAAUGCAGCUGAAGUCUAUGACUUUCUUCAUGAGCUUAUUGAACGUGUCUCUGAAAACAGGAAGCCUCAGUCACCUCGACAUUUUGUAGAUGCAUAUUUAGAUGAGAUGGAUUGCAAUGAAAAUGAUCCAGAAUCUACAUAUUCAAGAGAAAACUUAAUUUUCUCUGUUGGAGAACUCAUCAUAGCUGGCACAGAAACCACAACAAAUGUUUUAAGAUGGGCAGUGUUAUUUAUGGCUCUUUAUCCAAACAUUCAAGGGCAAGUUCAAAAAGAAAUCGAUUUAGUCAUCGGCCCAAACAAAAUGCCUGCCUUAGAAGAGAAAUGCAAAAUGCCAUACACUGAGGCUGUUCUACAUGAAGUUCUAAGAUUCUGUAAUAUAGCUCCACUAGGUAUUUUUCACGCAACUUCCAAAGAUACUGUUGUGCGUGGUUACUCUAUUCCUGAAGGCACUACAGUCAUUACAAACCUCUACUCUGUUCAUUUUGAUGAAAAAUACUGGAGCAAUCCAGAAGUGUUUUGUCCUGAGAGAUUUUUGGACAGCAGCGGACAGUUUGUCAAGAAAGAUGCAUUUAUUCCUUUUUCACUAGGAAGAAGACAUUGUCUUGGAGAACAGCUAGCUCGAAUGGAAAUGUUUUUGUUUUUCACUUCAUUGCUACAACGAUUUCACCUGUGUUUUCCUCAUGGCGUGAUUCCAGAUCUCAAACCAAGAUUAGGCAUGACAUUACAACCAGAACCAUACCUCAUCUGUGCGGAAAGACGGUGAAGAGAAGGGUCUAGAUUGUGGAUCAGGUGGAGCACAAUGCUCCAAGUUGCAGCUGAGGAUCCACUUUGCCUUCUAUUUCUAAAUGCGUUCAUGUCAGAACAACAAAAAUUUAAAGGACUUGCAGAUAAAUUUUGA